CCGCGCCGCGUCCCUCGGAGCCCGCACGGGGCUGCUGGCUGCGGGACAGUCGGCGGGGGGCAGCCGCUGCGUCCCCCGAGCUCGCCGUUGGCCGCACGCCUGCGAGCGCAGCCUCCCUCCGCCCUUGCCCCGUCCGCCCGCCCGCGCCUCUGCCAGCCGGGGGGAUCCCUCGGUCCCCGCUGCGGGCGGGGCUGCGCAUCGCUGCUCGCUUGUUGCUCGGCCCUUCCCUGCUGAUGGAGUCUGAGAUGCUGCAGUCGCCUCUUCUGGGGCUUGGGGAGGAGGAUGAGUCUGACCUGACCGAUUGGAACUUGCCUCUGGCCUUCAUGAAGAAAAGGCACUGCGAGAAGAUCGAGGGCUCCAAGUCUUUGGCUCAGAGCUGGAGGAUGAAGGACCGGAUGAAGACUGUCAGUGUUGCCUUAGUUUUGUGCCUGAAUGUCGGUGUGGACCCUCCUGAUGUGGUGAAAACAACUCCCUGUGCCCGUCUGGAGUGUUGGAUUGAUCCUCUGUCAAUGGGUCCUCAAAAAGCUCUGGAAACCAUUGGUGCAAAUUUACAGAAGCAGUAUGAAAACUGGCAGCCAAGAGCCAGGUACAAGCAGAGCCUGGAUCCUACAGUGGAUGAAGUGAAGAAGCUGUGCACGUCUCUGCGGCGAAACGCCAAGGAGGAGCGGGUGCUUUUCCACUACAAUGGACACGGUGUCCCCAGGCCGACGGUGAACGGGGAGAUCUGGGUCUUCAAUAAGAACUACACUCAGUAUAUUCCUCUGUCCAUAUACGACCUGCAGACUUGGAUGGGCAGCCCUUCCAUUUUCGUCUACGAUUGCUCUAACGCCGGCCUGAUCGUCAAGUCCUUCAAGCAGUUUGCACUACAGAGGGAGCAGGAGUUGGAGGUUGCUGCCAUCAACCCCAACCAUCCGCUGGCUCAGAUGCCUUUGCCACCAUCCAUGAAGAACUGCAUUCAGCUGGCAGCCUGUGAAGCCAACGAGUUGCUGCCCAUGAUCCCUGACCUGCCAGCUGACCUUUUCACCUCAUGCCUUACUACACCCAUCAAAAUCGCUCUGAGAUGGUUCUGUAUGCAGAAGAGUGUCAGGCUGGUGCCAGGAGUCACGCUGGAUUUAAUUGAGAAGAUUCCUGGCAGGCUGAAUGACAGGAGGACUCCCCUGGGAGAGCUGAACUGGAUCUUCACUGCCAUCACAGACACCAUUGCAUGGAAUGUCUUGCCUAGAGAUCUCUUCCAGAAGCUCUUCAGGCAGGACCUGCUCGUGGCCAGUUUAUUCCGUAACUUCCUCCUGGCAGAAAGGAUUAUGAGAUCUUACAACUGCACCCCUGUCAGCAGCCCAAGGCUACCUCCUACCUACAUGCAUGCCAUGUGGCAAGCAUGGGACCUUGCAGUUGACAUUUGCCUUUCCCAGUUACCUACCAUUAUAGAGGAAGGAACUGCCUUUAGGCACAGCCCCUUCUUUGCAGAGCAGCUGACGGCGUUCCAGGUGUGGCUGACCAUGGGCGUGGAGAACCGCAACCCCCCGGAGCAGCUCCCCAUCGUCCUGCAGGUGCUGCUGAGCCAGGUACAUCGCCUGCGGGCUCUUGAUCUGCUGGGAAGAUUCCUGGACCUGGGCCCCUGGGCAGUGAGCUUGGCCCUGUCUGUUGGCAUCUUCCCCUACGUGCUGAAGCUGCUCCAGAGUUCAGCUCGUGAGCUGAGGCCGCUCCUUGUCUUCAUCUGGGCCAAAAUUCUGGCAGUGGACAGUUCAUGCCAAGCUGACCUCGUGAAGGACAACGGGCACAAGUAUUUCCUCUCUGUUCUGGCAGAUCCUUAUAUGCCAGCUGAACACAGGACAAUGACAGCUUUUAUCCUGGCUGUGAUUGUUAACAACUACAACACUGGACAGGAAGCUUGUCUUCAAGGAAACCUGAUAGCCAUCUGCCUGGAGCAGCUGAGCGAUCCGCACCCGCUCCUGCGCCAGUGGGUGGCCAUUUGUCUGGGCCGCAUCUGGCAGAACUUUGACUCGGCCAGGUGGUGUGGGGUGAGAGACAGCGCCCACGAGAAGCUCUACAGCCUCCUCUCAGAUCCCAUCCCAGAGGUUCGCUGUGCUGCAGUCUUUGCCCUGGGAACGUUUGUGGGCAACUCUGCUGAGAGGACUGACCACUCCACCACCAUCGACCACAACGUGGCCAUGAUGCUGGCCCAGCUCAUCAACGACGGCAGCCCCAUGGUUAGAAAGGAGCUGGUGGUUGCUCUGAGUCACCUGGUGGUUCAAUAUGAAAGCAAUUUCUGCACUGUGGCCUUGCAGUUCAUGGAAGAAGAGAAGAAUUACCCUCUGCCUUCUCCAGCUGCCACAGAGGGUGGGAGUUUGACACCGGUGCGGGACGGGCCGUGCACGCCGAGGCUGCGCUCAGUCAGCUCCUACGGCAACAUCCGAGCGGUGACCACGGCCAGGAACUUGAACAAGUCCUUGCAGAACCUCAGCCUGAAUGAGGAAUCUGGAAGCUCUGUGGCAUUUUCUCCUGGGAAUCUCAGCACCAGCAGCAGUGCCAGCAGCACCUUGGGCAGCCCUGAGAAUGAGGAGUACAUCUUGUCCUUUGAGACUAUUGACAAGAUGAGGCGAGUCAGCUCUUACUCUUCUCUGAAUUCACUAAUAGGUGUGAGUUUCAACAGUGUUUACACCCAGAUCUGGAGAGUGCUCCUUCACCUCGCUGCUGACCCCUACCCCGACGUCUCGGACUUGGCUAUGAAGGUUCUCAACAGCAUUGCCUACAAGGCGACGGUGAACGCUCGUCCCCAGCGCAUCCUGGACACGUCCUCGCUGACCCAGUCGGCCCCUGCCAGCCCCACCAACAAGGGCAUGCACAUCCACCAAGUGGGAGGGUCACCCCCAGCCACCAGCACCAGCAGCUCCAGCCUGACCAACGACGUGCCGAAGCAGCCGGUGAGCCGGGACAUGGCGUCUGUGCGACCUGCCAACGUCAGCAGCGUGGGGGUUCAGUACACCCCCCACUCCCACCAGUUCCCCAGGACCAGGAAGAUGUUUGACAAAGGGCCAGAGCAGACGACCGACGACGCCGACGAUACCGUUGGGCACAAAAGUUUCAUCUCGGCCACAGUGCAGACGGGUUUCUGUGACUGGAGUGCAAAGUACUUUGCUCAGCCUGUCAUGAAGAUCCCAGAGGAGCACGACCUGGAGAGCCAGAUCCGCAAGGAGCGCGAGUGGCGGUUCCUGCGCAACGCCCGUGUCAGGAAGCAGGCGCAGAAGAUCAUCCAGAGGGGUAUCUCCCGGCUGGACGAUCAGAUCUUCCUCAACAGGAACCCCGGCGUCCCCUCCGUGGUGAAGUUCCACCCCUUCACCCCCUGCAUCGCUGUGGCUGACAAGGACAGCAUCUGUUUUUGGGACUGGGAGAAAGGGGAGAAGCUGGACUACUUCCACAACGGGAACCCUCGCUACACCAGGAUCACAGCAAUGGAGUACCUGAACGGCCAGGACUGCUCCCUGCUGCUCACUGCCACAGAUGAUGGUGCCAUCAGAGUGUGGAAGAACUUUGCAGACCUGGAAAAGAACCCAGAGAUGGUAACUGCCUGGCAGGGGCUGUCAGACAUGCUGCCAACCACCCGAGGUCUGGCCCGAAGGGUUUCAAUCUAUCUUGACAGAAGUAAACAGGGAGGAGCAGGAAUGGUGGUCGACUGGGAACAAGAGACGGGGCUGCUGAUGACGUCGGGAGACGUGCGGAUAAUCCGGAUCUGGGACACGGACCGGGAGAUGAAAGUGCAGGACAUCCCCACGGGAGCCGACAGCUGCGUGACCAGCCUGUCCUGCGACUCCCACCGCUCGCUGAUCGUGGCGGGGCUGGGCGACGGCUCCAUCCGCGUGUUCGACAGGAGGAUGGCUCUGAGUGAAUGCCGCGUGAUGACGUACCGGGAGCACACAGCCUGGGUGGUGAAGGCGUACCUGCAGAAGCAUCCCGAAGGCAACAUCAUGAGCGUCAGCGUCAACGGCGACGUGCGCUUCUUCGACCCGCGCAUGCCCGAGUCCAUGAAGGUGCUUCAGAUAGUCAAGGGGCUGACGGCCCUCGACAUCCACCCACAGGCCAACCUCUUUGCAUGUGGCUCCAUGAAUCAGUUCACUGCAAUCUACAAUGGGAACGGGGAGCUGAUCAACAACAUCAAAUACUACGAUGGUUUUAUGGGACAGAGAGUUGGAGCCAUCAGCUGCCUGGCUUUCCACCCCCACUGGCCCCACCUGGCCGUCGGCAGCAAUGACUACUACAUCUCGGUGUACUCGGUGGAGAAGCGGGGCAGAUAACGGCUGGUGGCGCCGGCAGCGAGCCGCAGGGCAGGGCUCUGGCUGCCCCUUGUACAUAGCGAAGUUAUCGACUUGAAUGUUUAGUGUUGGCUGCUGCUGCAACCCAUAACUUGAACUUUUGUUUUUUCCCUGACUUAGCUACUGAUGGUCUGACAAGGGGAACACAGACAAUCUCCUUUUUUGUUGGUUUUUUCCCAGCUGUAUCCUCUCAAAGCUACAGACAAGGAACACUCUGGGGUUUGUUUCCAGUGGUUGGCUUCUCCGUCAGAAACACGGCUCCUGAGCUUGGAAGGACUGGAUGAGGCAGCACCUUUGACAAGGGCUUUCUGGUCUAGUCUCUGUUCUGCUGGGGUGUAGGUUGCUUUAAGGACUGGAGUCAGGAGUCUCCAUGGGACCCUCGGGCUGCCGCCCGUCCUGUGCCAGCCAGGGGCUUCUCCAGCCAGAGCAGAGCUGUCCCUCUGCAGAGCAAUGUGCAGGCUCCUGUGCUGCCUGAGCAGGGGCAAAGCACACCUCUCCUCUGCAUGAACCUCAUCCUCCCUGCAGCAUCCUCCCCUGUGGAAGCAAAGACAGAAGGCCCCUGAGGAAAGGGGCUUGAGGAGAGGACGGGAGCAGGGCAGGAUGCCCCCGUACCACAAGGCUGGAAGAAGAAGGAAUCAAUGUCUCUAACGUCCCAGCAAGCCUGGAGCAAGUCACUCAUGUAACUGCUUCCCACCCCAGCACACGGUGCUGGCUGGGAGAUCUGGGGUGUCUCACUCACUGGUACCUCUGCAGUCACUGUCCUGCCCACAGCAAACCCCACAGACACGUCUGAGAGCCUGGCAGCGCUGCCCAGCCAGGGAACGAGGCUGCAGGGCCAAGCCACAGGCUUCCAUGAGCUCUGACAUGCUGAUGCUCAGCAAGGUGAUGGCCAGGAGAGCUGGCACCUUGCUGUGUGUGUCUGCAGCUACACACCUCAUGUGGCCCUGGCCGUGGCUUGUCUGUCCCUGCAGAGCUGUGAGUGUGAGCAUGAGCCACUGACCAGGGGCAGGCAGCAGAUCCUGCUCCCAGCCCAGCAGCAGCGUCCCAGCUGCACAGGGGGAAGCCUGUUCCACCUUCCACGUCUGGACCAUGAAUGUCUGUCCCUUGACAUCUGUGAUGGGUGUGGGGGAGGGCUGGGCAAAGCCAAAGGGCAGGUUUCUCUGGAGGUGCAGUUUGGCUGACCAAGAGCAGAACUUGCACCGUGAGAAACCUCCUGUCCCUGUGCCUCUGCCCCAGCCCCGCUCCACAGCCACCACACUGCCCGUGUGCUGGCUGCCUGCGGGCAGCUGGGCCUGGCAGAGCUGGCAGAGCUGGCAGAGCUGGCUCGUGGCACGGCAGCCCCGUGCCAAGCCCUGCACACACACGUGGGGGCUGCGGGGGGUGAGGGCGCCGUGUGGGGCACCGUGGCUGUCCCCCCGCAGCAGGGAGGCCGAGGGUGACCCCGCAGGGUGACGAAUCGAAGGCUUUAAAGACAAAAAGAACUAGCUAGAGCUUCACUCUGAAGUUGCCCCAAGUCAGUGAUGGUGUGACACGGCCACCCGGCGGUAUGUGACCCCCCUCCCUGCCCCUGCCCGGGCUGAGGGCCUGGAGCCAGAGCACCUUAACACAGUUAACAGCCACAGCUUCCCAACACACCCUAGGCUUUUAACUUCUCUCAGUGUAUUUGUGACAGGAACCAAGAGGCAGCUGGCCAAGCAGGGGGUGCAUGGUGGGAAGCUGCUGCCCCCGCCAGCACUGCCCUGGGGGGUGUGUGUGUGUGUGUGUGGGGGCUGAUGCAGAGGUUCAAUCAUGACGUUUAACCAAGGCUCUGGAGAGCAUCCACCUAGAAAACUUCACUGAUGUCUAUUUAUUUUACAAAAAUAAAAGCUCUAUUAAGCAAAA